UCAAUUGUGGAAUUUAAAUGCUCUACAAAAAAAAAAGACAAAAAUGGAAAGUUUCCUCUAUAAAUAGUAAAGAAGAGAAGGAAAAAAAAUGGAUACUAAUAAGAAUCAUGGCUAAUCCUCUCUCGCUAAGCGUUCCAGACUCUGUUGUUCUCGAUUCAUGGCUCCAAGACUCCGGUUAUCUCGACCACCGUACCUCCACCGUCUCACCAAUGUCACCCUCCUCCUCAGCCGCCACUGAAGCCAAACCUCCUACAGCUCUGUCGGCUCAGCUCGUCGCUGUGUUCUCCCUUCUAACAGUCAACCCUUUAUCUAAGCUCUCAGCCGAUGAUUUCUCCGGAGAUACGCCGCCAUGGACAACCAGUUUCUUCGGCGACUCUGACUUUUACUCGUUCCCGUCGUCUACUCAUGAAGCUAGAAACAGAGUCCAUGAGAAUGUCAAGCGCUUCGCCAGGAACUACGCAACACUCUUCAUCCUCUUCUUCUCUUACGAACUGUUUGAGAUGCCAGUAGCGUUUCUAGGGUUUGUAACAAGCUAUGCCUUUUGGGAGUUAUUCAAAUUCUGCGUCGACAGAUGGGAAUCUAAUCGCCAUCCAUUUAUCAGAAAAAUAUUAAUACGUGUCGCACUAUGCGGUAAGUAUGCAACUGAGGACUCUUUCUUGCAUGCUUAA